UCCAGCGCAGCCUGGCGCCUGGUGCCGGCCGCUGCGCGCUGCUGGGAGCCGGGCGGGGAGGGGCGGCUGCCCCAGCCAUGAAAUCGCGCAGGGACCGGCUGAAAAUCCCGUCCCUGACCUUGGAUUUGUCUCCAAGUAGCCAGAGCCCGACCCUGCUGAGCCCUUGCAGCCCCUGCAGCCCCUGCAGCCCGUUACUAACCCUGCAUCCCUGGAGCUGCCGGAGCAGUAACAGGAAAAGCCUGGUGGUGGGAACACCGUCUCCAACCCUCUCACGGCCUCUGUCCCCGCUCUCCGUGCCUACAGCUGGGAGCAGCCCCUUGGAUAGCCCACGAAACUUCUCCACUAGCACGUCUGUCAGCUUUCCCUUUGCUCGCAGUCAUGCUGCUCGGACUGACAGGGCUGAUGGCAGAAGGUGGUCACUGGCUUCGCUACCCUCGUCUGGCUAUGGGACUAACACCCCCAGUUCCACUGUCUCGUCGUCUUCAUCCUCUCAGGAGCGGCUGCACCAGUUACCGUACCAGCCCACCCUGGAUGAGCUGCAUUUCCUCUCUAAGCAUUUCCGCAGCACAGAGUGUGUCACGGACGAGGAGGGGCGCCGUUCCCCCUGCCUGCGGCCACGAUCCAGGAGCCUCAGCCCUGGACGAACAAGUGGAGCUUUUGAUAAUGAGAUCGUUAUGAUGAAUCACGUCUACAAGGAACGAUUCCCAAAGGCCACGGCGCAGAUGGAGGAGCGCCUGCAGGGGACCAUCACUAGCUGCUCGUCGAGCAGUAUGCUGCCCCUUGCUGAUGGCGUGCUGGGGUUCAUCCACCAUCAGAUCAUUGAGCUGGCCCGAGACUGCCUGGCCAAGUCCCAGCAAGCUCUCAUCACAUCACGCUACUUCAUGGAGCUGCAGGAGAAACUGGAGAAAAUGCUCCACGAUGCCCAGGAGCGUUCAGAGAGUGAGGAAGUGAGGUUCAUUGACCAGCUGGUCAGGAAGCUGCUGCUAAUAAUAUCCCGCCCUGCUCGCCUUCUGGAGUGCUUGGAGUUUGAUCCUGAGGAAUUCUAUCAUCUUCUGGAAGCCGCAGAAGGACAUGCUAAAGUAGGCCAAGGAAUAAAAACUGAUAUCCCGCGGUACAUCAUCAGCCAGCUGGGGCUUGCCAAGGACCCUCUGGAGGAAAUGGUUCAGCUGGAUCAUUUUGAUAGUGGGAAUACCAUGACCCCAGAGAAUGACGACUCCCAUGAGAGCCGGGCAUCAGCUGCCACUUCUCGGAGGAAACCCUGUGAGAGUGACUUUGAGACCAUCAAGUUGAUCAGCAAUGGGGCCUAUGGGGCCGUGUAUCUGGUGAGGCACAAAGAGACCAGGCAGCGUUUUGCUAUAAAGAAAAUUAACAAGCAAAACCUCAUUCUGCGGAACCAGAUCCAGCAGGUGUUUGUGGAGAGGGACAUUCUCACCUUUGCCGAGAACCCCUUUGUGGUCAGCAUGUUUUGCUCCUUUGAAACCAAAAGGCACCUGUGCAUGGUGAUGGAAUACGUGGAAGGUGGGGACUGUGCCACGUUACUGAAGAACAUGGGUCCUCUGCCAGUCGACAUGGCCCGGAUGUACUUUGCAGAGACUGUUCUAGCUCUGGAAUAUCUUCACAACUACGGGAUUGUGCACAGGGACCUGAAGCCUGACAAUUUGUUAAUCACUUCGAUGGGCCACAUCAAACUAACAGACUUCGGCCUGUCAAAGAUUGGGCUGAUGAAUAUGACCACAAACUUGUAUGAAGGGCACAUUGAGAAGGACACUCGGGAGUUCAUGGACAAGCAGGUGUGUGGCACUCCCGAAUACAUUGCGCCAGAGGUGAUCUUAAUACAAGGCUACGGGAAGCCUGUCGACUGGUGGGCCAUGGGCAUCAUCCUGUAUGAGUUCCUCGUGGGCUGCGUCCCCUUCUUCGGAGACACCCCAGAAGAGCUCUUUGGGCAGGUGAUCAGCGAUGAAAUUAUGUGGCCUGAAGGCGAUGAAGCUCUUCCUGCUGAUGCUCAGGAUUUGAUCACGAGGUUGCUGAGGCAUUGCCCGCUGGAACGAUUAGGCACCGGUGGCGCCCAUGAGGUGAAGCAUCAUUCCUUCUUCCACAACCUGGACUGGAAUGGGCUGCUGCGGCAGAAGGCUGAAUUCAUUCCCCAGCUGGAGGCUGAGGAUGAUACCAGUUACUUUGACACUCGCUCUGAAAGGUACCGUCAUUUGGGAUCCGAGGAUGAGGAAACUAACGAUGAGGAAUCAUCUGUGGAAAUCGGCCAGUUCUCAUCGUGCUCUCACCGCUUCAGCAAGGUUUAUAGCAGCUCUGAAUACCUGGCAGCUCACUCCAACUUGAGCUUCUCGUCCUCCGAGCGCAGUCAGAGCGAGGAGAAAGAGGACAGGACAGAGCGGUGGGACAGGAGCUCAGGAGACGAAGAGAAGAGCCGGCUGUCGGGCACAGAGACCAGGCUCCGAUCGUGGACGUCCUGCGGCUCGACGGCCUACUCCUCCCGGCAUGAGCGAAGCUGCAGCCCUGCCACCCUCACCAGCACCUUCAGCCUGGAGACCAUGCCGAAGUUUGCGUUCUCCUCCGAAGAUGAGAGCCCCUGCCCAGGCUCUGUAAAGGCUGAGAGGCCGAUGUUUGUGCUGGGGGACCCUGAAGCAGGGGCAGGAGGAGCAGCAAAGUCCUCAGCAUUAUCAGCUGAUGUUUUCAGUCUGAGCCGCAUCCGCCUGCGGAGCAACAGCACCGGCACCAAGAACUCCACCCCAAGAGCCCUGGAGCCUGGGCUGGGCCGCAGGCUGGGGAGUCCGAAGAACACACCGGAGAAGCAGAGAGUGUCUUCAGGAAGCAGAGUGCCGAAAUCUGCUUCUGUCUCCGCCCUGUCCCUGAUCAUCACCUCAGAUGACUGUGCCAGUGGAGCCCUCAUGAGCCCCAUCUCCCCACACUCUCUCUCUUCCAAUCCAUCCUCUCGGGACUCGUCCCCGAGCCGGGAUUCCUCCCUCAGCAUCACCAGCCUGCGUCCGCCCAUCAUCAUCCACAGCUCUGGAAAGAAAUACGGCUUCACCCUGCGCGCCAUUCGUGUGUAUAUGGGGGACAGCGACGUGUACGCGGUGCAUCACAUGGUGUGGAGCGUGGAAGAUGGGAGCCCUGCUCAGGAAGCUGGGCUGAGAGCUGGGGAUCUCAUCACACACGUGAAUGGAGAGUCUGUGCUAGGGUUAGUUCACAUGGAUGUUGUGGAGCUGCUGCUGAAGAGUGGCAACAAAGUAGCGCUGCGAACCACCGCCCUCGAGAACACAUCCAUCAAAGUCGGUCCUGCUCGGAAAAACAGUUCCAAGACUAGGAUGGCCAGAAGGAGUAAGAAAAGCAGGAAAAGGGACAGUCAGGACCGGAGAAAGUGCCUUUUCAAAAAGAUCUCCAAGCAAACGACUGUACUGCACACCAGCCGGAGCUUCUCAUCUGGCCUCCAUCACUCCCUGUCAUCAAGCGAGAGCCUUCCAGGAUCUCCCACACACAGUCUGUCACCUGGACCUACAACUCCCUGCCGCAGCCCUGCUCCAGACCUCCCACUAGAUUCUGUCUCCCCACAGAGCACCUCCCCAUCCUCUAGCACCCCCACCUCUCCUGCAGGACACAUCAGACCGAGCUCUCUUCAUGGGCUAGUGCCAAAGCUCAGUGGUCAGCGUUACAAGGUGGGGCGCCGCAAGUCCACCAGCAGCAUCCCCCCAUCUCCCCUUGCAUGUACUCCUUGCUCAGUCCCACAGCCGCCUUCUCCUCAGAGGUCUCCAUCGCCACUACCAAGUUAUACCAAAAACAUUCAUUCCUUCCAGGGCAAGACCCUGUCUCCCCCCACCAUUGUCAGGCAAGUGUCUCGGCCCAGGAGUGCCGAAGGCCCCAGGUCCCCUCUGCUAAAACGAGUCCAAUCUGCUGAGAAAAUUGCUACCUACCUAGCAGAAAAGAAAACCAUCAGCAGCCGGAAGCUCACACUGGAAAUGCCUCCAGGAGAUGGGAUGGGGGAGGCUCUGGGGGAGCGGGAGACUCCUGUCCAGGUGGGAGAGCUCUGUGCUGUGGCUUACCCAGGGACCCCCCGAAUGAGAGACUGGACAGGGGAAAGGCACGACCGCGACCAGGAGGUCGUUGUCAUGAGGAGGCUGAACCUGUCGGAGCGCAGAGACUCCUUUAAAAAGCAAGAAGCUGUCCAAGAAGUGAGUUUUGAUGAGCCAGAGCUGGUGCCUGUGAGUGAGGAUGGCACGAAAGCAGAGGCCAAGCUGGACAGGGAGCAUGCACCAUGGAGACUUGCCCCUCAUGCAGCUUCCUGGGUGGAGACCAGACCAAGUUCAGCAUCUGGUAGCUUUUCAGAGCCCCCAGACCCAGAGCAGAUGCCUACUGUGGUGCCCCAGAUAGCAGUUCAAGGGUCAGAGAGUGAUGAACAGGAGACUAACACAGCUGAGUGGGAAUGCCAAGGGUCCUACCCUAUCCAGUUGAUGGCCAGGGUCUAUACUGAACAAAUGGAUGGAACUACAGCAGUGGAAUACAAGAGUGUCUCCUCCCAGUGUAGAGAGAACCGGGAGCAGAGAGAGCUCUGUGCGGGACAAGAGCCCUCACCAGCUCCUGGGUCCCCGCAUAGGACAUGUUGUGGUAAGGACAUGGUGGGCUCACCCCAGCUGAGCAAAGCACCUCCAAGGCUGAAGUUGUGUGGGAGCUCAGGAAUGCAGGAGAAUGAGUGCACUAAAGCUGAGACGCUCAGAGCAAAUCAACAAAAGAUGCAUGAUCAAGCUCGUAAAAAAGUCAAGGAUGAGUAAUAGCCACACGUUAAGCAAAAGGAACUGCUAAAGGUGAACAGAUGAUAAAGUGACAGGGCUUCUUCAGCUCUGCAUGAACUCCACAAGGGGUCAGCUUCCAGAAAAAGCACAUCUGUGUUGGAGACUGACAUAUCAUCCAGCUGCUGAGAUGCACUCUUCAAAUUACAUACCUGCAUUUUGUGAGAGUAAAUGCAUCUGAAACAUUUUUAACAUCAGACCUGGCAGGGGGUGGGGAAUAAUUUGACGAAUUUACUUACAAAAGGUUUUUGUACUAACUGGAAAGAUGUUAAUAUUUUUGUAGAGCUAAGGAAGCUGCUCUGUUGUGAUGGCAUUUCCUCAGCAGGACCCUGUUGUAAAUAGAAAGGAUUAGACGUGAAUCCUUGUAACUAAUUUAUUACCUUUAUAAGCUAAGAGGAGGCAUCUGAGGGCAUCUCAACUGACUUGUGCUAGAAGAAGCAUUACCGCUGUUUUGUAAGUGUUUAUAAUCCCACCUCUGAAAUGCACUAUAUGUUUUCUGUCAUUUCUAAGAACCACUAGUUUUGGCCCUUUUGUUGUUGUCAGUUUCAGGUGGCAAUGCACAAAGAAAACAGUUAAGAGACAAGCUUUACAAUACCAUUUUUGGUAGGGUUAUGCACAACAGGGUAUGUCUUGGUGCUUUGAUCUUCAUACAGGUGUCUUAUUCCUCCCAGAAGAGCUGGUCUUCAUUAAAGGUAAAAGCAGUAACUUCAUAAUGAUGGGAUUCCUGUUCUGGAACAGACCAAUGGUCCAUCUAGUCCAGUACCCUACUCUUGCCAAUGCCAGAUGUCUCAGAAUUAGGCAUAAAUUUCCCUCUCCCCAAUAUGUUUGUUUGGGAAGAAUUUUUGCUUUGGUGUUUUAUGAUGCUCCUGGGCAGGGGACACACAUGUGAUUGAUGCCCACCAGGAAUGUAUGAAUCAAGUAUUACAAAUCCCAGACAAACCUUGUUGAACAGUUUCCAUAUCCUGGCCUUGUGCUGUCGCUGGCAUUGAACAUUUCUCUCCCAGAAUGUCAUAUAUACAUCUCAAACAACAGCUCCUCUUUAGUGUGUAUGCUGAACCAUUACUCUUCCACUUCUUCUUCUUUGACAUGUUGACUUGGCCAAUUCUAGGACACAGUGGUACUGAUAAAGGGCAGCACGGCUCCAGGCCUCUGUGCGCGUUUGCCAAGAUCGGAUUGAUUUUGUGAGUGAGAGUGAGAACUUCCUUGCUGUGUGUGGCUGGUUCCCAUCUAUGUUAAUUGAUGCUGCAUAUAAGCCAUGGUGUUUGGGGUAGAAAAUGAAUGUUUUAGUAACCUACAGAUGUUGCCUCCGGUUCUUUCCACAUUGCAGUUAUCUUUCUUGGCUUAAGUAUCAGAGGGGUAGCUGUGUUAGUCUGGAUCUGUAAAAGCAGCAAAGAGUCCUGUGGCACCUUAUAGACCUACAGACGUAUUGGAGCAUGAGCUUUCAUGGGUGAAUACCCACUUCGUCAGAUGCAUGUACAAAACGUCUGUUAGUCUGUAAGAUGCCACAGGACUCUUCGCUGCUUUCUUGCCUAAGUGAGUUUGGGUGGUAACAUAUUCAGGGCCUGCCCGUGGCUUCUAGCUCAGCCAGAGGGGUUUCUGCAGAGGGAGGUGAGCUACUCCCUCCUUCUAGGUGCUGAUUGUGUUUCCUCCCCACAGAACAAGAGACUCUGCUGAGAAUCUUACCAUGUCUGCCUCAUGGCAAUGAGAGGGUCACCAGGCUGACUCAUCAGGAGUGAUUUUAUCAUGUGAAUCUUAGUUGCAAGAGAUCGAGCUUGGGGAUCUCCUGGCAUUUGGUGAUUGAUCCAAAUUGCUCUUUAGCAGCUGAGGAAGUUGAGGGAUUUUCACUUGAGGUGCUGCUGGCAAGGGGGGAUGCACCAAGGGAUUAGACGCCUUUAAAUCAUGUGAGCAAGACGUGAUGUAUUGGGCUAGAAUAUGCCUUAGUGUGUUAAUUUAUAAGCCGCUCCAGGAUUCCGUCUGUUGGAAUCAGAAGAUGACGACACCUAAGAAGCAGUUUGACAAAAGCUAAAGAACCACAAAACUGGGAUUAGCCCAUGAGCAAUAUCUAUCUCCGCAUGUCACAUUGGUAGGUCCUGUGUUCCCUGGACUGGCUAAUGUCUUUCGGUGCUUUCUGCCUUUCCUUGAAUCUGCAGCAUGUGAGGACUGUCGUUAUUCAGCUCAAGGCCCUGUUGUAAAGGGUGAGCCUACAAACCCUGCCCACUGGCUUUACAUGCUGAGUAAGCAGCCAAGUACAGGUUACCUCUUGGCACCAGAUGUCUAACCUUGUUUAACUGAUCCUGUUUUCCAGCUGCUCUUGGCUAGCCUGGUCCCAUUCAGAUUGUGCUCCCAUGUUAAAGGGAAACAAGAAAGACUAUAAAUUUGACUUGACAAAAGUCACCUUCUUAAGCUUUUUACUGUGAGUAGAACCAGGAAUGGAGGGAACAUUAAGAGAUUUCUUUAGAGGAACUUGCAGAUUUGUCCAUUUUUCAUUUUAAAAAAAAAAGAACAUCCCCCCCCCCCCCCACACACACACACAAUCCCUCAUUCAAACUUCAUCACCAACAAAGCUGCUGUAAUUAUUUAAUGUGUUCUCUGCCCCAGGUAUGUCCUUUUCCUCUCUUCUAUAUAACCAUCCUCUCUCCCAUAUAACCUCCCAGGAGUAGGGUAGGGCAGUACCACCUGCCAGUCUAGCUUUUCCAAACUGAAGCUCUCCUAACUCAUUUGGAAAGUGUAUAUUCUUUAAUAAACAAAACACAAAUAGAAUGUAUCAGUGGCUAUUUCUAUUGUGUCAGACUUGUUCAGGAGCUAGAACAGGAACUCAACCCUCAAACUGAAAAUAAUAGCUGGGGAUUUGCAUGGUGUGCUGGGUUUCUAGUGGGGGGUUCUUUUUAUGACAUCUGGGCAGAUUAUGUGAGCUUUCAAGGACUCACUGGUGCUCCCCUGGCACUUGUGCAUUCCUGCCACAUUAACAGCAGCUCAAGAUUUGACUCUUUUUUUUAACUUCCAAUUUUAAACUUUUUAAAGGAAAAGAAAAAGAAUUCUCAUGGUCUGACUUCCAAAGACUGUUUGAGCUUGGGCACUUCUAAAUGUCCAUGCAAUGGUCAAUUUGUACUUUCAGACAUGUAGGCAAAACCUAGAUAGUUGUAGAGGUUUGUAAGAACUUGUAUGAUCACCCCAUCUGGUAUCUCAUGCAUGAGAACUACAACACUGUACUGCUUAUUCCUAGUCUCUGAAAGUAUUUGUUUUUUCAGGCUUUGUGUAAGCAAUAGGAUUGCCAAUGAAGAUGUAAUAAGUAGGCAAGCUAUGGGUUUGAUAGAUCUGUCAGACCUCAAAGCUCAUUCAGGGACCUGUGUGUCUGAACCAAAUGAAAAUUAGCUGAAGGGUUACUGAUUACUUGGGACUGUUUAGAAGGGGGGGGACAGGACUUGUUUUCAGACCGCCUGUUUUAGACAAGAUUGAUUUUUAUAAUCAUAUAGAGGGUUUUUGUUUGUGUUUAAUGCCUUUUUUUUCUUGUAGCGAGAGAUUUAAAUAGCUCUGAGCCAAAAUAAAUUAAUCCGUUUGAUCAUCUUUUCUGAGAUGUUCCACAUGAGAGGGAGUUGGUUAGGAAAAGCACAACUGGAAUUUAUCCAUCUGUUUCCUUCCUUCCCUGGGCCAGGUUUCAGUAUCUUCAUGCAAAUAUUAACAGAGUUUUUGUCUAUUUUCAGUGAUUUAGUUUCUCUGCUGUAUUCUGCAUACAGCUAGUUUCUAAAACCUUCCCCAGGAUGUGCUUUCAGAACAUACAGACAUUCCACAGAGGUUUCUGAGUGAACGGAACAUUUAAUUAGAGCCCUACAUUUUUAAUAAAAAUGUAAUAAACUACACUCUGUGUUGUCUCAGUUGUCUUUAGUUGUAAUUUCUGAACUCCCUUUCCCUCUUGUGCUGGUGGAUUUGUAUGAAGAGUCCCUCUGGCAUUUUCCAGCAUUUCUAAGGUUUUAUAUGAUGUAAAUGUUUACAUUUGAUAAUGCAUGUGUGUUUUUUCUAACUGCAGUGUUUGCAGAAACUGACAGUGCAAGUAUUGGGCUUUUAUGUCAAAACACUUAUUUAUAUCCCUCCCUGUAUAGUUUGUAUUGCGAUAUCUAACCAUGUGCGCAAAGUUGCCAGAAAGGUAUUUUUUUAUUAUUAUUUGUAUAAUGCUAAUGUUUAUGCCAUUUUGUAGCACCAAUCCCACCGUAAAGUGAUUCCUUUUCCCACCCCAGACUUGAGAGUAACUGGUGAUGCUAGCUUUCUAUUUUGAUUGCUUAUUUAAGCAGAAUUUGGGGUUUUUUAAGUUUGUGUGGCUGUUUUAAAUUGACUGCUUCUCCUGUGUUAAUCCUUGUAGUAGUUUACCCAGAAAACAAGCAAACAAUAAUGUUGGUGGCCAAGAGCAUGUAUUAAUUCCACAUCAUCAGCCUGUGGAGGCACAGAAGCACUUUCUGGUUUUGGGGUUUAGUGAACGAAAUGGUUUUUUGCUAGAUGACAAUGCAGAAUGAAGUGUUUUUGCUUCUGAAAUGAUGUUGCCAACAAUUACUCUCUGUUGUAAUCCUGUUUCUGCGGAAUCCGUUGUUAUUUCCUUUUUUUUUUUAAAUUUAAUCUCGCUUAUUUAGGAUAGGUUUUCUGCUUGCUUCCUCUGCCUUCUCUAUUAACCACUCAGGAAGUUAGCAUUGUUGUUUUGAAAAAACUUAAAAAUGGACAUCUCCUUUACACUGAGCAGGUGUAAAAGGGUCUCAACAAGACAGUGGCUGAAGAACUAUUAUGUAAGAAUAAAACUCAUUUCAGAAGUUGUAUUCAAAGGAUUUUUAUGGAAAAUGUCUUAAAAGUAAACAGGACCUUGUCUUCCUGUAUUGUACUGAACACUGGUCUUGGUAUGAAUAUAUUCAGAAAAAGUUUCAUGUUGUAAUAAAAUUGUUCCUUGAGAUGGAA